AAACAAUAAUUAUAAGAACAGAGUCGACUGCAAUAGUGAAAUCUUCCAACGUUUACCUUUUUAUUUUAUUUUAUAAAAUAGGUAUUGACCGGGUAAACUUGUAAAGUGUGUGUAUUCAACAUGUCGGUAAACGCGUCCAAAGUACCGGAAGACGAUAACUUCCUGACUAAAGAACUGUUCGUUUCUUUGGCAGUUCUAUUUGUCACUCUGGUGUUGUUGUAUUUGUGGAAAAAGAGUAACAAGACUUACCGCGACGUUUUGCUCGUCGGCUUGUGCGAUUCGGGCAAGACCGCUCUCUAUUCGCACUUGCUGUUCAACAAGGCCGUCCAGACCUUCACGUCGCAGGUGGAAAACAUUGGCGAAUUCAAAAACAGCAAGAAAUCUUUGCGUGUCGUCGAUAUUCCCGGACACGAGCGAGCGUUUGGUAAAUUUUGGGAUGUUUACAAGACGAGCUGUAAAGGAAUAAUUUUCGUCGUCGAUUCGGAAAACGUGCAGACGUCGGUAUGCGAUGUAGCAGACCUGUUGUACAGAGUGAUCACCGACGACACGAUUGUUUCGAACAAAAGCAAAAUAUUAGUCGUUUGUAAUAAACAAGACAAACUCAUGGCCAAAGGUUCGGAAGUCAUCAAGACGUUACUCGAAAAAGAAUUAGAUACGCUGAGGAUCACCAAAGCCAAUCAGUUGGAGAGCAUCGACGGUAAAAAGAACAACAAGACUUUACUGGGCAAAAAGAAGAAGAGUUUUGAGUUUUCGCAUUGUCAAAUUCCCGUUGAAUUCGCCGAAUCUUCGCUGUCGGCUUCUCAAGACGUUGUUUUAGAACCGGUCAAGAAUUGGCUCGACAAAAUUCAGUAGUACCGUUUCUU